CAGAAGCUGCGCUCCGUGUGGGCUGCAUCGCCGUUGAAUGCAUUGAAAUCGGACAAGACGAUGUGAUGUAAGUGAGUGCAACUCGACUGCUUCCACAUGGCUCGGCAUCGGCAGACGGAGAGCACGGCCCUGCAGAAAGCGCCCAAAGACUGGAACAAGACGGGACUGCAACUCACUCUUCUGCUCUUCGGUACAUACGUGAGCUGCAUGAUGCAUUAAUUCACUGCUUCACUCACUCACAGCAAUUGAUUCUUCUUUGUGCAUCUGUCUGUCUGUCUGUCUGUCCUUGCCAUCGUCUAGUGUUGUCUUACGUGCUGUGGGCUCUGGGGCUGGUAUUCCCCGUGGUCCAUCUGCAAGGGUCAUUUCUCGGUGUGGGUGAGCUCGAUGUCACUCGCUCGACCAUCGGCAGCCUCAAAGAGUUCCUCCAACACGGAUUCUACGUGCCCCUGACGCUCAUCGUCACCUUCUCAAUCAUCGUGCCCAUCGUCAAGCUCCUUGUCCUGACCACGUGUGUCUUCAUCUGCUGGCGGAAGAGGCUGUUCACGUCCGAGCAGUACAUUCAGAGGGAUGCGAUUGCUGCUGGGGCGGUGGUGGGCGUGCCUGUGCCCAUGCCUCCAGACGAGAGGCAGCAUGAGGGAGACCUGGAACACCAGACGUGGCAAGAGGGCGGGUCGCUGGCUGACGCGUCUGACGCGACCUCGGGCGAAGUGUCGCCCCCCCGGUCGCCCACGAGUGCUCUCAAGAAGGCCAGGGGAAGGAGAGAGCAGCAGCAGCGGCGGUCGAUUCAGUGGCGGCCGUCGCUGGUUGAGCGUGGGGAGGGUAUGAAGGACGAGCAGGAGGCGGCCUACCUUCUGGGAGUGCGGUGGCUGACGCGGCUGCGGCACGUGGCCAAGUCGCAGUUUGUCGACGUCUACGUGUGCAUCCUUCUAGUGGGGUUCCUCAACCACAACAUCUUCCACACGACCUUCCUUAUCGGCUUCUACCUCUACACGGCUUUCUGCACCCUCUCCAUCCUCUCGACUCAGCUUCUCACCAACCUUGUCAGCUGGCGAGUGGAAAAGUUCAGACAAAAGAGAGCGGGCAAGGAUGGCGACUCCGUGGCUGCGGCCGCUGCUGCUGAGAAUGAGGCGACCAAAGACACUUUCUCUGCCCCUGAUGCGAUGCCUCUCUCGGUUGCCAACUUUCUUUUCGCCUGCAACAGCUUGCUGUGGCUAUGUGGCGUCUCCGCGGCCCUGUUCGCGCCCAUUUUGGUGGUGCAGGUGGUGUUUGAGGGGAGCUUGAUCGUGGACCAAAUCGGGCUGCCGGUGCUGGGCCUGCUGAAGAAGCUGUGGGGCCACGGCUAUGUGCUGUCGUGGGCAAUCGUGAACGCAUUUGUGCUGGUGGUGCCUUUGCUGGCCAUCCUCUGCUCGGCACUGCAGAAGGUGGUGCCGGCAUGGAGGCGGCCACUGAGAUAUGCGGUGGGGUUCUUCUUUGACUGGGCCAUGACGGUCGGUAUAUGUCACGACACAGACAGACUGGCAGACGGACAGACAGACAGACAGAGGCAGAAUGACCUACUUACCUGCGUGUGUGUGUGUGUGUGUGGAUCAAUCAGGACAUCUUUGCGGUAUCGCUGCUGACAGCCUAUUUUGCGUUCAACGCCUUUGAUCAGCUGCUGGCCAAGAUCCCUGCCGUUACCCCACUCCCCAUCACACAAGCCCUUUCCCUCCCCCUGUCCGGCUUCUACAUGCUACUCAUGGCCGGCAUCUGCGCGUUCGAGCUGGUCGACCUUUCCCACAUGCACACCAUGGAUACCUCCUUUCGCCCACAUGGGUCGUUCCAGCACCCCGUGUGGCCGCAGGGGCCGUCGUCUCGGUCACUCAAGAUUGCGGCGAUGCAGGCCCCCUUGCUGGCUGCCGACGGGUCGGAGCACCUCCCCUCGCCCUCCCCGGUGCCAUCCGAGGCCAUGUCUGUGUCCCGCCAGUGGGACUACAUCCACACCAGCCCCCUCCCAUCACCGGCCAGGCAGAAAAGCGGCACCAUCGCGGGGGCUGACGCGAGGCCAGAUGACGAGCAGUCGUCCCCUUCGCCGGCAGAGAAGCCGCCGUCGACAGUGGAGGCGUCUGAGAGCCUGCCCACACAGCCGGGGGUGUCUGUAAUUACGUCAGAGUCUCGCGGGGGCGACAACGGGCUGUCUGGUGGCGGUGGUGGUGGGCUGUCCUCUUACGGUCGGUUCCUGGUUCGGGUGUGGCUGGUGAACUUCCGGCGGUCGCUCAAGAACCCCGUGGUGCUGUUCAAGGCGCUGGCACUCAUUACCGUGUUGGUGCUGGCCGCCAGGAACAACGUGCCGUCAGUCGAUGUGGCACACCUAGUGAGGAAGGAGGACACAAAUAAAGCAAUCACACCCAUUCAUGUGCAGGCAUAUGUGUGCUCCUUUGUUGCUGACUGUACUUGCUGUGCCAGAACGCCCAAUUGCUGACCUUGCUGCCGACUCUCAACCAAGCUAUCAACACCACUCUGCCGGCCACAGUGGGCGACUGCCACCCCUCCCCGUCCACACUCUCACUCAUCCCUGGCACCCCAGACAGCAGCGGCAACGCCUCGCAGAUCACGGCCCUCUUCCCAUUACCGUCUGAUGCUGCGUCACCGCCACCAACAACACCGCACCGAUCGCUGCUAUGGUCCUUCUUCAGCUCGGGCGCUGGUGCUUCUUCGGCCGACCCACUCGUGCCGCCGUCUCCGUGUUUGGGGAGUGGGCCGCUGUACGAGGGGACCAAGGGUGGAGUGAAGGUGCUGGCCAAGUGGCUGACGGGCUUGUCCACCGGCAGGAUCACACAGGCCAAGCUCGCCGUACCUGGAGAAAACAGGUCGGUCGACACGGAACGGAAAACUGAGAUCCACACAUCAACCAACCAACGCACACAUACACCAUCCAUCAGUCUGUCCUGUCUAUGUAUGCGGUCUACAUCAAUCAGGUUUCGUUUCGGUUUCCGUGUCAUGUUUGCGUCUCUGCAAUUGUCGCUCCGUGUUGAGGAGUGCGUGACGCCCGACGUGUUGCUGACGGGCAAGUGCGACCUGUUGUCUGACGACACCACCCACUGCUGCGGCGACCAGGUCGGCAUCGACUUUCACUUCAUUGCAGACUGCAACGAAUCAUCACCGUAAGCAACCACAACCACUCACACCACCCCCCACCCACCCAUCUCUCCCUCCGUCCGCCCAUCCAUCGGUGUGCUGGUCGGGUCGUCAGGUACGUCCGUGACCUGCACAUCCCCCCACCCCCUGCCGGCCUGAGUCUUGUGAAGCCAAUCACGGUGCGCGAGCAUAUCUUGGGCUUCGAGGUGGCGCGUGACGUGACGGCCCGGCUGCAGGAGGCCUUUUAUGCCAACCUGGGCAAGUUCCUGCCCGUGAGGACGGAGGGGCCCCAGACGACCGACGACCGCAAGCACGCUGCGGAGAAGUAUCGUUUCAUUCCCUGGUCGGGCCGCAAGAUCAGUGUGGAGGAGUUCCUCAACAUGAUGAUUGAGCUGAAUGUGCCGCCGGAUGGGAGGCUCAAGUGCCCGGAGGCCACUGACUGAGGGAUGAUGAUAUAUGUGAGCAGUGGGUGGGUGUAUUGGGGUGUUGUAAGUACGUGUGUGUGUGUCGUUCGUGUGUCGUUCGUGUGUCGUUCGUGUGUGUUGCUUUCUUUUUCUAGUAAGAAAGCAGCCAGCAACAUUCGAUCGGAUCCGAUGUGUGUGUGUGUGUUCGUCUGUGUGUGUAUGUACGUGUGUGUAAGUCGUUACACGCAUACGGCAAUUUUCGGCAUUGGUUGGAAAGGCAAGGCAUUGCGGCAGUGCGUCGGUAGGGGCCUCUUCGAUGCAUUCUUUCAGCCUGCCAGCUAUAUAUUGCGUGUGAUGCUUCUGUGUUCGUGGGCCGGCAGUUUUCUCUGCGCCUCUUGCAAGUGCAUGUGUGGCGUGUGUGUCGGUGCCUGCCUGCCUGCAGGGCGUUUUCCCUGUUCGUGUCGAACCACCUAGCCAUCCAGAUUUAGACAGGAUUCAUUGAUUGAUUGAUUGAUAGGCCAACAGACGUUAUGCGAGUCUGUCUUCUG